UACUACCGAAGGUCGUUAGGCGAUCGGGAGGGGUGUUGUUAUCAAAACCACAUUUCGAAAUAAAAAAGUACCGCCAGGACACCCCUACGGUCUCACGUGCGUGCGAGUCGUCGAUCGAUCAGCUGGCUUUGCGGUGGUGAAAAUUAGUGAAGGUGUUAACGCGCACGGACCGACAAGGAUACGGCAUGAAGGUCCUUUCGGAGGCAGGGGACGUAGUGACAACGAUGAGCUCGCCCCUAAAUACGCUGGUCGAGUUCCUGCGCCUCAUCUACGCCAAGUGCUACCGGAAGGUGGUCCGGGAAUGCAACGACCAAAUGAGCUACGCUAUACGGCGGCUGCUUCGGGCAGCCAUGUGCUUGUUUAGCUGGUUCGUGAUGCCCUACUCACAGUGCGUGAGUGGUCGAAUUGCCCGCCGAAAAUUGCCCGCGAUCGGCGAUCCGUUGUUGCUGCUGCCCGCAACCGAGCUCGCAGAACGCAUCCGUACCGGUCGGCUCAGGAGCGAGCAGGUGGUGCAGGCUUACGUGAACCGUUGCCGGCAAGUCAACCCACUGCUGAACGCCAUCGUCGAGGAUCGAUUCGAGGAAGCGCUGGAAGACGCGCGCAGCAUUGAUCGCCAGCUGGCCGAAGGACUGCUCGGUACGCCGGAGCAACUGGCACGUGAUAAGCCGCUGCUUGGACUUCCCGUUUCGAUCAAGGAAAGUCUCGCCGUCCAGGGGAUGAGCAAUACGGCGGGCCGGAAGCUUCGGGACAAGAAGGUCGCUCUGGGUGAUGCACCGGUUGUACAACAGAUCAAGCGUGCCGGUGGUAUCAUCCUGCUAGUCAGCAACACACCCGAGCUUUGUCUGUGCUGGGAAACGUACAACAACUGCACCGGAUUGACGCGGAAUCCUCACAACCUGCAGCGUACGGCCGGUGGUUCCUCGGGCGGAGAGGCAGCACUGAUUGCUUCCGCUGGUUCGCUGCUUGGUGUCACUACCGACAUCGCGGGAUCUUCACGACUUCCGGCCCUAUUCACUGGAGUUUUCGGUCACAAACCCUCGCCGUACGUGGUGUCGCCUUACGGGCAUCAUCCGUCCUGUGAUGACGAGAACUGGGGUAGUUUUUUCACACCCGGUGCGAUGUGUCGGUACGCGGGCGAUCUACCGCUGCUGCUUGGAGCCAUGCGCGAUCCCGAAGGAACACCGGUCACGCUGGAAAAGGAGAUUCCAGUGUCCGCGAUCAAAUGUUACUUCAUGGAGAACGACGGUCCCUCGGGAUUGACGCGUCCGAUCGAUGCCGACAUUGUGCAGGCCAUUCGUGACGUCGCGGGCCAUCUAAGUGCCCAGCGCGUCAACCUGGAGCGCCUGCGCUGGACACUCGAUAUUUCUAUUUGCAAAAUGCUGCGCAUGAAAAACAUCGAAACGAUCUACAGUCCCCAAGCGAAUGGCAAACCAGCAACAACGAUGAAACGCGAGGUCCUGAAGUACCUCUUUGGUCAGUCCGACUCCGACCUACCUUCCGUCAUGAUUGGUCCGAUGCAGCACAUAGUCAACCACUACAUUCCACAGUCGCGGCUCGACUUUCUGGACAAACAAACGGAGAUGCUGCGCCGUGACUUCCUUGAACUACUCGGCACCGACGGAGUGUUUAUCUAUCCGGGCUUUCCCAACACGGCCCACCGGCACUAUCGUAUCUUCCACAAGCUCGUCGACACAACCUACAUGAUGGUGUUUAACACACUCGGCUUACCGGCGGCCUCCUGUAUGGUUGGGCUUGAUCGUGAGAAGCUACCGAUCGGAGUUCAGGUCGUUGCUGCGCCCGGUCAGGAUCAUCUCAUCUUUGCGGUAGCCAAAGAGCUGGAACGACGGUUUGGCGGUUGGGUGCCACCACCGUCCGAGUGAGGUGGGGCUGCUGGGCACGUUGGGCACUCGCACCGCCCGUCCGAUUGUGAUCCAUACGAGCUUAGGGUUAAGUUAUGAGUUUACGAAUCGUUUGCCGUUAGUAUUUCUGUUGACCGGAUUUUUCGCUUUUCCUGUCCUGUUUCGUUUCGUUCGGUAGGGAGGGAGGUGAGAUAUGGAUUUUAAACAAGAUCUCCCAUUUGUUACUGUUUUCCCUCCUUACGCAACAAUGUUAAGCCAGAGGGAGGCAAAUUAGGUAAGGAGAUUCAUCGAACCACAUUGACCGCAUUAUGCCAAUACUUUUACGACUGGUGUAGCUAGGUGUGUUUGUGUUAUUACUAAAUUUGCGAAGGAAAGAGAUUAAGUGAAACGCAUAAAAGCAGAACUAUUAGACUGGCCACGGCGAAUGGAAAGAGUGCAAGUGAUCAAAACAUAAUGUUAAACAUUAAAGACAUUCCAUAGUGAAAUAGAGUUGAAAUAAAUUACCUGAA